CACCGCGCAGGUUCCGUCUUAUUGAUUUGCGUCUGUCUAUGGAUCGAUAAUUAUUUGACUACGCGUUUCUGAGUGCUUCGCUAGCUCGACCACAGCCCAUUGAAGCACUCCUCGUUGCUGCCUGCGCUCAACUUCCCCCGUCCGCUUCCCGUUUCCCCCAUCUCAAUCCAACGUUCCCAGCAUGACGUCGACCACCGAAGACCAGAUUCGCCUUCUCGAAGAGGCCUUAGGUGUGGUUCGACAGCAGUCGCAGAUGAUGCGAAAAUGUCUCGAGACUCCAGGAAAGCUCAUGGAUGCGCUCAAGUGCGGGUCCACCUUUGUCUCUGAACUUCGAACGCCGAGCUUGAGUCCGAAGCAGUACUACGAGUUGUACAUGGCUGUGUUUGAUGCGUUGCGACACCUUUCCAUCUACCUGAAGGAAAACCACCCAGUUAAUCACUUGGCUGAUCUCUACGAGUUGGUACAAUAUGCCGGCAACAUCAUCCCGCGACUCUAUCUCAUGAUCACGGUGGGAACCGUGUAUAUGUCGGUGGAGGAUGCUCCGGUCAAGGAGAUUAUGAAGGACAUGAUGGAGAUGAGCAGAGGCGUACAACACCCGAUCCGCGGCCUGUUUUUGAGAUACUACUUGUCUGGUCAGGCAAGGGACUACUUGCCCACUGGAAGUGGCGAUGGGCCGGAAGGCAACCUGCAAGACUCGAUUAACUUUGUGCUGACCAACUUCGUCGAGAUGAAUAAACUAUGGGUUAGACUCCAGCACCAGGGUCCCUCGAGGGAAAAGGAGAAAAGGGUGCAGGAGAGACGCGAGUUAGAGCUACUUGUGGGCAGCAAUAUUGUCCGUCUCAGCCAGCUGGUGGACCUGGAGGCUUAUAAAUCGGGUAUCCUGCAGGCACUGCUGGAGCAGGUCGUUCAGUGCCGUGACGUCCUGGCACAGGAGUAUCUGCUUGAAGUUAUCACUAAUGUCUUCCCGGAUGAAUUCCAUCUCCACACGCUAGAUCUCCUACUCUCCGCAAUCGCCCGGCUCAAUCCACACGUCGAUUUGAAAAAGAUCGUAAUAGGUCUUAUGGACCGGCUAUCAUCAUAUGCGGCCCGAGAAGCGGAAAGCGUGGACUCUGAGAGAAGAAAGCUGGAUGAGGAAGAAGCUGUAACGAAGCUGCUUCGGAAACUUGAGCUUUCCGGGGAGACAGAUCAAGAACAACCGCCAGAGGAUGCAGAAGCCUCUGCCGCUGUCGAGAAUGGGGCUGCACCCGCCACAAAAGAAGCUAGCGAGUCUACUGAACAGCCUGAAGAACCCGCGACGAAUGGGAACUCCAAGACGAAAACUGGAAUCCCAGAAGACGUUAAGCUAUAUGAUGUCUUCUAUGAGCAGGUUGUUAAUUUGAUCAAAACUCGUGCCUUGCCAAUCCAGGAUACUAUGGCGCUAUUAGUAUCCCUUGUCAAUCUUGCCCUGAACAUCUAUCCGGAUCGACUAGAAUAUGUCGAUCAGGUUCUUGAAUUUGCUACAAAGAAGACCGCAGAGUAUGCUGACCACGCAGAUCUUCACUCCACUCCAGCGCAACAGAAUCUUCUGAGUCUCCUUCUGGCGCCCAUCCGUUCUUAUGUCUCCAUUUUCACAGCUAUGGCCUUACCCCACUACAUUCCGCUCCUGUCUUCUCAGUCAUAUCCCACCCGGAGAUCUGUCGCUGGAGAGGUUGCUCGUAGUUUACUGAAAAACAAGACUCCAAUAGCGACAUCAGAGAAUCUUGACCGUGUUCUCCAAACCAUCAGAGUCUUGAUCCGAGAUGGCACGCAGCAAGGGGCUGGGUACCCUGGGCUCCAGGCUCAGCGACGCGGGGGAGAAACCGAUGAGACAAUAGAAGAGCAAGGAUGGCUUGCAAGAUUGGUCCAUCUGGUUCAAGCUCCGGACAAUGAUACGCAGCUCAAGCUUCUACAAACAACCCGCAAGGCAUAUGCUGAAGGCAACGAACGAAUCCGCUACACAACCCCAGCAAUAAUUACAGCUUCCAUUAAGUUAGCCCGGAAAUUGAAGUCACGCGAGCACUAUGAUGAUAAUUGGCAAUCACAAUCAUCAUCACUUUAUCGGUUCAUGCACCAAUGUGUCAGCAACCUCUACCAGCGAGCAAACCCCUCAUGUGCAGAUCUUUCCUUGCGUUUAUUCGUGAUGUGUGGCGAAGUUGCCGACCAGACAGGAUUUGAGGAGUUCAGUUAUGAAUUCUUUGCCCAAGCAUUUACAAUCUAUGAGGAUGCAAUCAGCGACUCCCGUGCCCAGUUCCAGGCUGUAUGCAUUAUUGCAGGUGCCCUGCACAGUACACGGGGAUUUUCCAAAGAAAACUACGACACGCUCAUCACGAAGGCCGCGUUACACGGUAGUAAACUGCUCAAGAAACCAGACCAAUGCCGAGCUGUGUACCUUGCCAGUCACCUGUGGUGGGUUGUCGAAAACCCACAACGGGGAGAAGAAGACCCGAAGAAUCUUUAUCGGGAUGGUAAGCGCGUUUUAGAAUGUCUCCAACGCGCCCUUCGCGUUGCAGAUGCCUGCAUGGAUGCGGCCGUAUCCGUGGAAUUGUUUGUCGAAAUCCUUAAUCGCUAUGUCUAUUACUUUGACCAACAAAACGAAACCGUUACGGUUAAGUACCUGAAUGGCCUCAUCGAACUCAUACACUCCAAUCUGCAAACAAACGAAGACGAACCAAAUCCAAAUCUUGAGGGGCCAAAGCGACAUUUUCAGCGGACGCUCGAAUAUAUUCGGUCUAGGGAGUUUGAGGGUGUUGUGACGGAGCCUAGGCAAUAGGAUUCCUUCCUGUCACGUUCAUUUCUCUCACUUUUCUCUCUCUUCCCCUACCUGUCUCCAUAUCGCCCUAUAUACAUACAUAACAAGGGAUCAUAUGUUGACCUGGGAUAGAUCGAAGGUCGUCAAAGUCAUUCCUUCUGGUUUCUUUUUCUCUUUUUAAUGUGUCAUCCUCUCUUUUAUCACAUAAGUACGUGUGUAACUGCAGAUUACCCUUCGUGUGUUAUAGUUUUAGUAUCAUCAUACCCUGUUUUCGUAGAUAGGUAGUCAUUGAUCUGAUUUAUUAUCGAUUGUACUUAGCAGGUAUAUAUACAUUGCUAUGUUAUUGUGGGAAGAAGUGAAACCAAGAAUACGUCGAUGUCUAUAAACACACAUCACUGUCAGAUUCUCUUUUUCUAGAGAUCCCUAUUUCUCUUCGAUGGUAGGGAAAGGGAGAAGAGAUAUGACACAAAAGAAGAAAAUCCAAACACUUAACAGAAACCAUUAGAAG